GGAUCUCGCAUCCCGCCACCCCCUGGCUUCCCGAUCACUCUGCUCUGGGGAAGCUGGGGGAGGGGCUCGCGACGCAGGCGAGUCCCCAGAGCACGCCGCGGGGUCUGGUUGGAGCUGGGGUGACGGUCUCGAGGCGGGGACGUGUUGGGGGGACUAGCGGGGGCGAGGGCUCCCCAGUCCUCCGCCCUGCCCACGCUGGUGUUCCGAGCCGGCAGAGGGCGUCCGAAGGCCGGGCUCGCCAUGCUCCCGGCUCCGCCGCUUUGUUUGCAUUCAAAUCCCGAGCUGGGGGAGGGGAGAAUCGGGGGAUCCAGAAUGGGGUCAUGGCGGGGACCCUUUGUUUUGGAGAAAGCUGGUUCCCCGUUUCCGUGUCUUUGCCCGGCCUGAGAUGGGGGGUUGGAGCCGUGGAAAUCAGUUCGGAUAGCUUGCCCAGGCCAGGGUCCCCAGGCGCAGUCGCCGAGUUGGAGGGGUUCGCUAGACCCGGGGCAGUGACCGGGCGCUGGAGGAUCGCGCGCCCUCGGACUCUCUACACUCCGCGCACCACUCCUGCCAGCGCCGCGGGGUGAGGGGUCCUGGAUGGGACCCGAACCUGCUCGCUGUCCCACAGCCGAGCAACCCUAGGGCGAGUAUCUCCUCGAAGGCUGUUGGGACAGGAUGAGGCCUUGGUCAUUUCUACGCCCAUCCCACCCACUUCCUGCCUCCCUCUAGGGCAACAAAGGGGCCUCGGGAAACUGGGCCCCUCAGGCUCCCGGGCCGGCUCCCGCCCCAGUCCUGCUGAUGUGGAACGAGUUUGGGGCUCUGCCGGGCCAUUGUCUGCGCUGGGGGGGAGGGGACCGGCUGGGGCUGGGCCUUGACCUGCUGCGCGGCGUCCGCAGUGGGGGGCCUUGCCAGCCUCACGCCCCCGCAGCUCUAGCUCUGGACCUGGCAGAAUUAGGCCUUGGGGCUGUGGCGGCCCAAUGGAUGCAGGUCCUGCUUCUUGAGGGCUGCUGGCCUGGAGCUGAGAGCCGGGGCGAGUGCCAUGGCCCCAUACUGGGCCAUCUGGCUUCUGGCAGCGGGGUUGUGUGGCCUGGGCAUUGGGGCUGAGGUUUGGUGGAACCUUGUGCCCCGGAAAACAGUUUCUUCUGGGGAACUGGCAACAGUGGUGCGGCGGUUCUCUCAGACUGGCAUCCAGGACUUCCUGACCUUGACCCUGACCGAACAGUCCGGGCUGCUGUACGUGGGGGCGCGCGAGGCCCUGUUCGCCUUCAGCGUGGAGGCUCUGGAACUGCAGGGAGUGAUCUCCUGGGAGGCACCAGCCGAGAAGAAGACCGAGUGCAUCCAGAAAGGAAAGAGCAACCAGACAGAGUGCUUCAACUUCAUCCGCUUCCUGCAGCCCUACAACGCCUCACACCUGUAUGUGUGCGGGACCUACGCCUUCCAGCCCAAGUGCACCUACAUCGACAUGCUUACUUUCACUUUGGAGCGGGGAGACUUUGAGGAUGGGAAGGGAAAAUGUCCCUAUGAUCCGGCUAAGGGUCACACUGGCCUCCUUGUGGAUGGAGAACUGUACUCGGCCACGCUCAACAACUUCCUGGGCACAGAGCCUGUCAUCCUGAGGAACAUGGGCCCCCACCACCCCAUAAAGACUGAGUACCUGGCCUUUUGGCUCAAUGAACCCCACUUUGUAGGCUCUGCCUACGUCCCGGAGAGCGUGGGGAGCUUCACCGGAGAUGAUGACAAGAUCUACUUCUUCUUCAGCGAGCGGGCUGUGGAGUAUGACUGCUAUGCCGAGCAGGUGGUGGCUCGCGUCGCCCGAGUCUGUAAGGGAGACAUGGGUGGAGCACGGACGCUGCAGAGAAAGUGGACCACGUUCCUGAAGGCGAGGCUGAUGUGCUCAGCCCCCAACUGGCAGCUGUACUUCAACCAGCUUCGGGCAGUACACACCUUGCAAGGCGCCUCCUGGCACAACACCACCUUUUUUGGGGUCUUCCAAGCACGAUGGGGUGAUGUGGACCUAUCAGCAGUUUGUGAAUACCAGCUGGAGGAGAUCCAGCGGGUGUUCGAGGGUCCCUACAAGGAGUACCGAGAACAAGCCCAGAAGUGGGCCCGCUAUACAGACCCAGUACCCACCCCUCGGCCUGGCUCGUGCAUCAACAACUGGCACCGGCGUCAUGGCUACUCUAGCUCCCUGGAACUGCCGGACAACACUCUCAACUUCAUCAAGAAGCACCCGCUGAUGGAGGAACAGGUGGUGCCCCGGUGGGGCCGGCCCCUGCUGGUGAAGAAGGAUGCCAACUUUACCCACCUGGUGGUCGACUGGAUCACGGGGCUUGAUGAAGCCACCUACAGGGUGCUGUUCAUUGGCACAGGGGAUGGCUGGCUGCUCAAGGCUGUGAGCCUGGGGCCCUGGGUACACCUGAUUGAGGAGCUGCAGGUGUUUGACCGGGAGCCCGUGGAGAGCCUGGUGCUCUCUCAAAGCAAGAAGCUGCUUUUUGCCGGCUCUCGCUCUCAGCUGGUACAGCUGCCUCUGGCAUCCUGCGGCAAGUACCGCUCCUGUGCAGACUGUGUGCUUGCCCGGGACCCCUACUGUGCCUGGAAUGUCAAUACCAGCUACUGUGUGGCCACGGGUAGUCAUCCGGGAUCCCUGCUGGUCCAGCAUGUGACCAUCUUGGACACAUCGAGCAUCUGUAACCUGCAUGGCAGUAAGAAAGUCAGGCUCACGCCCAAAAACAUCACGGUGGUAGCUGGCACAGACCUGGUGCUUCCCUGCCGACUCUCCUCUAACCUGGCCCGUGCCCGUUGGACCUUCAGGGAUCGAGAUCUACCGACAGAACAGCCCGGCACCUUCCUUUAUGACACCCGGCUGCAGGCCCUGGUGGUGAUGGCUGCUCAGCCCCGUCAUGCAGGCACCUACCACUGCUUUUCAGAGGAGCAGGGGGCACGGCUGGCUGCAGAAGGCUACCUUGUGGCUGUUGUGGCAGGUCCAUCAGUGACCUUGGAGGCCCGGGCACCCUUGGAAAACCUGGGGCUGGUAUGGCUGGCUGUGGUGGCCCUGGGGGCUGUGUGCCUGGUGUUGCUGUUGCUGGUUCUGUCACUUCGCCGGCGGCUUCGGGAAGAGCUAGAGAAAGGUGCCAAGGCAGCUGAGAGGACCCUGGUCUACCCGCUGGAGCUGCCCAAGGAAUCCACCAGUCCCCCCUUCCGGCCUGGCCCGGAAACAGAUGAGAAACUUUGGGAUCCUGUUGGCUACUACUACUCAGAUGGCUCGCUCAAGAUUGUUCCUGGACAUGCAAGGUGCCAGCCUGGGGGCGGGCCCCCCUCCCCACCUCCUGGCAUCCCCGGCCAGCCCCUGCCUUCUCCAACUCGGCUCCACCUGGGGGGUGGGCGGAACUCAAAUGCCAACGGUUAUGUGCGCUUACAGUUAGGAGGAGAGGACCGGGGAGGGCACCCCUUGCCCGAGCUCGCUGAUGAACUGAGACGCAAGCUGCAGCAGCGCCAGACGCUGCCUGACUCCAACCCCGAGGAGUCUUCGGUGUGAGGGGACCCACUGCAUCGGCAGGGCGCACAGGAGGUGUGGCUCCUACUUUUGCACAGGCACUAGCUACCUCAGGGACAUGGCUCGGGCACCCACUCUGCCCAGGACCGGUGCUGCCAGCACCCGCCUGGCCAUGAAGACCUGCUCAGCAUGGGCACUGCCACUUGGAGUGGCUCACCAGGGCAUCAGCCUCUGUGAAUCUUGGAAACGUGGGACCCCAGCAGCCAAAACUUUACACAAGGCAGAAGUUGCAAGAUGUGGGUUUGUCUGUGCGUGUGUGCGUGCGUGUGUGUGUACGUGUGUGUACGUGUGUGGCACAGCCUUCCUGUUUCUGUGGAGUCUUCCUUGGCUUGGGGUCCUCCUGGUGAGUCUUUGGAGGUAUGAAGGGGAAGGGGUCGGAUCACUUUGUCUCUCCUACCCCCAUCUGUCCCAAAUGCAGGGCAGCUGUGUACAUAUGGGGGUGGGGUGGGCAGGGUACUGUACCCCUCUGGAGGGGUGGGGAGGUGCGCAAGGCCCAGGGGUGGGCCUAGCCCUGUCCCAGGGCUGUGAAUGUUUUCAGGGUAGGGGGGAGGGAGAUGGCGCCUCCUGUGUGUUGGAGGGAAGGGUGGGCGGGGCCUCCCUCUGGGCUGGGUUGGGGUAUUUUAUCCUCAACCUCUUCCAGAGCAGGGUUGUGUGGGGGAGAGGGAGGAGGGCAUGCUGUGGACAGGAGCAUACCCUCUUCCAGCCCCAGGAAGAGGGCUCCUACGGUGUAACUUAUUGUGUCCCCACGUAUUUAUUUGUUGUAAAUGUUUGAGUAUUUUUAUAUUGACAAAUAAAAC